ACGCGGCGGUUUGCGGGACGCGUCCGGGCCGACGAGUGCGACCGGCAACAGUGUCAUCCAACCGCUCCGACGCUAUGCGCCGCCACCGGUUCGUCCUGACAAUACUGUUACUGUUGCCGGCCGUCCGGGCCGCGGUCGACACGGGAAACGCACAGCGCGCACGGCCCAAAAACGAUGAUUCGUCCCUCAACAGCCUGGAAGACGUGGACCUCAGCUGCGACGGAGGCAGAUGCGGCUCGAACGAAGACGACGCGUCGAGUUGGACUACCACCAAGAAACCAAAUAUUUUUCAACUGACCAAUAAAUCAUGUCCUGUGUUCGAAUUGCCUUCAGUUUUCCCUCGGCAAAACUGUAACACUGACAGAGACUGUUGGCCCAGAAUAUGCUGUGCAUAUGGCGGACUUAAGGGUCAGAAAUACUGUCGGAUUCCUUUGCCAAGUUGGCGAAACGAUUUACUAAAGACCAUUACAAAAAGCCUCCGGUCGAACCGGCCAGGAUACCUACAGUGCAGCGCGCCGCCGCCCAAGCGGUACGACCUGUUCCCGCGGAAGUGCCGGUCCACCGUGGACUGCUUGCCGGACCUGUGCUGCCCGGAGAACGGCAAGAACGUGUGCCGGCCGCCCAAGGAAUCGAUAAUGCCGCUCGUCGACCGACUGUCCGUUCGCACCGCCGCCGCAUUCCGUUUGCCACCCCCGUCCAGGUCGCGGCGGCGGCGGCGGCGGCGUCCGUCUUAACCCUACACAAGUGGACACCCCGACAACACACGUUCCAUUACACCUCUGAAGGCUCAUCAUCGUCACCCCUCUUCAAUCCCUUUCUUCUCUAUCAUAUCCAUCCAUCACACACACUCUCUCUCUUUUUCACUCUUUUUUUGUGUGUGGUUAACGAUGAUGACUUCACACGUCACCUACCACGUCCGUGUCGCAGAGUAAAAAAAAAUAAAAUAAUUUAUGUAUUUGAGAUUCGUAGGCAAACUGAACGCUGUAUUGUUUUAAUCGAUUCAAGACCGUAGUGAAUAUUUUCAGCAUUGCAAUACAAUUCAAUAAACACCACAUAAUUGUAAGUACUGCAAUGGAUCCACGGACUCGUUGAAUAUUUCGUUAACUCAUUCCUUUCGAGUAGAACGUGAACGAAAUUCUCACGCGUAAUGGAUUUGCUCACUUUUCAGACUGUUCAAAUCGCGUUUAAAUUACUAUUUUUGAUCGAUUUAUUUUUAUUUGAAUAGGAAAAUGCAUGUAAUCGUAUAAUAUAAUACAUUUGUACAGCAAUACACAUUACGGCUAGAUAACCAGAUAGUCAAAAAUAUUUAUUAUUGUUUUCCGCCAUUUUUCGUAAUUGAAAUAUUAUUAAAAUAAAUAUGGCAUCAUCGACGACUGUAGAAUGCGAUUGUCUUUAAAAAUUAAAAAUAAAUAAUUUAGACGAACAUCAUACAAACACACAAAUCCAUAUACUUUAUGUAAUUGUUUACAGUGAAUUCGUACAGAUUUACUAUUUAAAAUUCAUUGUUUUCUGCAAAACGUAUUUUACGGUCACAUACUGGAAGUAUACCUGUACAAGGUUUUCUCAGAUGUAAGCAACAUCAUUCCAAUGGUCAAUUUUGGUCCUGUUGAAAUAUUUUUAAUCGUAAUAUGUACCGAAACGAUCAUUAUUAUUAUUAUUAUUAUUUUUAUGCGUUCGAAAUCUAGUCAAUUAUAAAUCGCUGAUCGGGAACUACUACUCCCGCGAACGAAGUGACUAUGUAAAAACGGUUAAAACCCUUAUUCUUGUUUAAUUUUAUCGCAUGCUGAGUACCUUGAAUACAUUUUAUGUUUAUAAAUGGUAUACCGUAUGUCUAGGUACUAUUAUUGUUACUGUAUUGUUGUACGUGUUUGCGUGUAAUACGAAAACAGUAAAUCGGUCCAAACGCGUCACGCUCGCCGUCCACUUGACUACUCGUUCAAUAGGAUUACUAUCACGAUAGACUUAAAUCUACUAUAAUGAAUUAUUAGUUUUUCCUUUGGUGGAGAAGUCCUUCGUCGGAGAUUUAUGACAUAAUAACUAUUUCCCUCCAUCCUCUUGCGGCCGUCAAUUCUCCCCUCCGUGUACACAAUCACUCCGCACCGAUUACGGGAAUUCAAGUUAAUAUUAUCCAAGAUAAUAUUUUUACGUACGAUCUAUAUUCCAUGUUAACACUUUUAUGACACGUUUUCUUCGGACGU